AUGAUUAGGGAAGGACAAGUUGAAAACAAAGUCAGUAACGGAAGAUAUCUCUGUCGUGCUUGCUACGGGAAGCUGGUUGACGAAAAGACUCGAGAAAUGAAGGAAUUUCUUGAUAAAGCUCCUAAUGCCUCUGAAGGUCUUGCCAUUGAUGGUCCAAGUGGUGGGUUGCGACUGGAAACAUCAGAACUAGUUGGUGAGAAAGCUGUGAGAGAUGAGAUUUGGUUAUGUUUGAUGCAGGAGGAGGUGAGCAAGAUUGGGGUUUGGGGGAUGGGCGGUGUGGGCAAAACCACUAUCAUGAAGCACAUCCACAAUGAUCUUUUGAAAGAAAAAAGAUUCGAAAGCGUAAUCUGGGUUACUAUAUCAAAGGAUUUUAAUGUUAUCAAAUUACAAGAUGACAUUGCAAGUGCAUUGAACUUGAAGGAAGAUUUGGCCAAAGAGGGAAACAAGGUCAGACGAGCAGCAAUCUUAUCGGAAAUGUUGAAGAGAGCUGGAAAACAUGCUUUAAUCCUAGAUGAUGUGUGGGAUAAAGUCUCUCUAGAGGAAGUUGGGAUCCCCGAGCCGAGUGGCCGCAAUGGCUGCAAGUUGGUGCUGACAACCCGUUCGGAGCAUGUCUGUAAGUAUAUGGGUUGUAAGGUGAUAAAAGUGAAACCCCUUUCAGAAGAAGAGGCAUUGAUACUAUUCUUGAAUAAAGUUGGACCUAACAUAGUUCAAAAUCCAACUAUAAUGCCAACUUUGAAGCUUGUUGUCAACGAAUGUGCGGGUCUACCUCUUACAAUUGUUGUGGUAGCUGGGACCAUGAAAGGAGAAGAUGACCCUCGCAUUUGGAAAAUUGCACUCAAGGAAUUGAAAGAGAGAAUAGCGAAAGUGGAAGAAGUGGAAGCUGAGGUAAUUGAGCGUUUGAAAUUUAGUUUUGAUCACUUGAAAGAUGGGAAAGUAAAAUCUUGCUUCUUGUAUUGUGCAUUAUAUCCUGAAGAUUUUGAAAUUAAUAAGGAUGAAAUAAUCGAGUGUUGGAUUGAUGAGAGAUUCAUAGAUGAAAUGGAUACAAGACAAGAAAUGGAAGAUAAAGGCCUUGCUAUUUUGAAAAAGUUGGAAGAUAACUGCUUGUUGGAAAAUGUCUCGAGUGCAAAAGUGAAAAUGCAUGAUGCAGUGAGAGACAUGGCAUUGUCGAUCACAAGUAUAAAUCCUCGAUAUAUGGUACAAGCAGGCUUGGAAUUAGAAGAGUUACCAAAAAAGGAACAAUGGAGUCCGGAUAUUGAGAAAGUGUCGCUAAUGCUUAACUCCAAAUUAGAAAUUCCCACAGAAGUGCUGCCCACAAAAUGUCAACUACUCACAACCUUGUUAUUGCAGCAUAACCCUAUAAAGAAGAUCCCAUAUUCUUUCUUCACAAACAUGCCUUGUCUUAGUGUUCUCAAUUUGUCCGCUACGACGAUCAAGAGUUUACCAAAUUCCAUCUCUGAACUAAAGAACCUCACAACAUUGUUGCUUCGUGGCUGUACUGGAUUAAGAGAUCUACCAUGUCUUUCGAUGCUUCAAGAAUUGAAGAAGUUGGAUCUUUGUUGGACUAGUAUUGAGGAAGUUCCUGAAGGCAUGGAUAUGUUAAUAAACCUAAGAUACAUUGAUCUUGAAGUGGGCACUCUGAAAGAGAUACCCGCUGGACUUUUACCAAAACUCGUUCACCUUCAGGACUUGAGUUUUGAUGUGACAAAUAGACAAAAAAGUCUAAAAGCAGAGGAGAUGGAACCAUUGAAGAAGUUGGAAUGCUUUGAAGGACGUUUUGAAGACAUUAAUGAAUUCAAUAAGUUCAUCUCCUCAAUGCAAAAAAGUAAGAAAAAUCUCAUCAAGUACAAUUUACAGGUGGGCAUAGCUCCUCUGUUUGUGAAUUCUACAAUAGAUAAAAGAUUAACAAUUGGAGGAGUCCACAAGUGGGAAGGUGAGUUAAUUAGGCACCCAAUUGAAACUCAAGAGUUGAAUGUUUUAGAGUGCGACUAUUUGAGAAGCUUAGUCGAUGAUAAUUCUUCCUUCAAAAAUGCGAUUGACUUGAGGUUUUGUAGGAUUUUGUGGUGUGAAGGGAUAGAGUGUGUUGUUUCCUUGUCCUCUUUUGCCUCUUCUUCCCCUCAUCCAUUUCAAAGCCUCGAGGUGUUGGUUCUUCAAGAUCUUCCAAAGUUGAGUGCCCUUAUUAUCAAAGACGAAGGAUUUGGUUCAACAUCAACAUUGGCUCCGGCUGCCACCUUUUCCCAUCUUAAGGAAAUUGUUAUAAUCAACUGCUCAAGUAUGAAGACGUUGCUUCCACAUUGGUUGCUUCCAAACCUCCAAAACUUGGAAACAAUUUUUGUGACAGAAUGUGAUGAGUUAGUUGAAAUAUUGGGUGCAGAAACAUCAGAAGUUGAAGAAAAAGGGAGUGAUGCAUUAAUCAAAUUCCAUCUCCCCAAAUUGAUAGACUUGACAUUGAGUAAAUUACCAAAUUUGAAGAGAAUCUGCAGUAAAAGUGGAGUGAUGGUUUGUGAUUCUCUCAAGGUUAUCAAUGUUGUUCCUGACUGUGAUAAACUGAAGAGAAUUCCUCCUUUUGUUCCCCUUAUUGGCAAUGGGCAGCCAUUUGCAUAUGCUCCACCUUCCUAA